AUGGCGACCCCUUUUCCCCCGGGAUGGUCAAGGCCCAAAAUGAAGCUCUAUGAGGGUGACUCCGACCCGACGGAGCACAUCAACUUCUUCGUGGGGGCCAUGCAGUAUGCCGGGGCUACUGACCCGAUCUACUGCCGCUGCUUCCCGAUGAGCUUGGGGAAGGGCCCGAUGAACUGGUUCCAAAACCUCCCCAACAACUCCAUCCACAACUGGGAAGGAGUCAUGUCCAACUUCUUGACCCAGUAUUCCUCGGUAAGAAACAUUCCGAAGUCAGAAGAAACACUGGCUCUGAUCAAGCAGGGCGAGAAGGAAUCCCUGAAGGCUUUUCUUAACCGCUUCAACAAAGAAGCAGGAGACAUUCCGGACCUCCUCCCUCAAGUCCGCCUAAUCUUGGUACGACAAGCGCUUAGGCCAGGCCCCUUCUUAACUUCUUUGGAUGGGAAGAAAGCCAGGACACUAGAGGAAUUCCAGACCCGAUCAGAGAAAUAUAUUAACAUGGAGGAGGCAGCAACAUUAAGGUCCACUAAUCAAAACCCAGGCCAUAGGCCCCCUGAGAAAACCCGAGACCCGGGUGAACCUAAGCGCGAUCGCGAGCAGCGACAGAAGAACCUCCCUGAACUCUUCCCUCUCCCGCAUCUUGCGGGAGAGAGCCUCUACUGA